CGUAGUCUGACGUUUUAAUAAGAGCUAUUUUUGAAUUCAGUGAGUAACGAUUUAAAAUUUAACUCAUCUGUCAAAUCUCGCGUAGGAAUAUUCGUAGGAACCGUUUCGUUCCUUCCCGCAAAAGAUCUGUCAGUUGAAUCAUCUUACAUGUGGUGUUCGCCGGUAUUUUUCUAGUAAAAUCGCGUAAUAUCGUAAAUAAGUUUAACUAAGAAAGUAACAAAUACAUACACGAUGCACCAAGAAGCUAUUCAACUUAUACAAGUAUUAGAAAAGACCAUAUCACCGGAUAAAAAUGAAUUGGAACAAGCUUCAACAUUCCUUGAACAAGCAGCAGCAACAAAUGUGUUAGGUUUUAUUAAAACAUUGUCGGAUAUUUUGAGACAUGGAGGUAAUAGCCCUGUCGCCCGAAUGGCUGCAGGUCUGCAGCUUAAAAAUCAUCUUACAUCCAAAGAUCCAAAUAUUAAAGUGCAAUAUCAACAAAGAUGGUUGUCUUUUCCUGAAGACAUCAGAUCAUACAUUAAGAAGAAUGUGGUCGGUGCAUUAGGAACAGAAACAAAUCGUCCUUCUUCAGCGGCUCAAUGUGUUGCGUAUAUAGCAGUUACUGAAUUGCCUCAGAGACAAUGGCCAGAUCUUAUUAGUACAUUAGUUAAUAAUAUACUGAAUGCAACAUCUGAAAUGCAGAAAGAAGCAACAUUGGAAACUAUCGGAUAUAUUUGUCAAGUAAGAAUAUUAACAUCAUUAUAAGAUAUCGGAAUUAUUAUUGAAUUUUUUGUGGAAAUUGACUGUGACGUACUGGUAUCUCAAUCAAAUGAUAUUCUAACUGCUAUAGUACAUGGAAUGAGAGUGACAGAAACUAGUAGUCAUGUUCGAUUAGCUGCUACACAAGCUCUCCUCAAUUCGUUGGAAUUUACUAAAGCAAAUUUUGAACAACCCACUGAGAGGAACUAUAUCAUGGAAGUUGUUUGUGAAGCCACACAAUCAGCUGAUACUCAAAUUAAAGUCGCUGCUCUACAAUGUUUAGUAAAAAUUAUGUCACUCUACUACCAACACAUGGAGACAUAUAUGGCACCUGCUUUAUUUCCCAUAACUUUGGAAGCUAUGAAAUCAGAAAAUGAUGCUGUUGCUUUACAAGGAAUAGAAUUUUGGUCGAACGUAAGUGAUGAGGAAGUUGACUUAGCAAUUGAAGAUACUGAAGCUCAGGAAGCUGGCAGGCCACCUUCUAGGUAUUCACAUCAUUAUGCAAAAGGAGCUUUUACAGUUUAUUGUGCUGAUUUUAUUACAAAAUUAACAAAACAGGAAGAACUUGAUGAUGAGGACGAUUGGAAUCCUAGUAAAGCAGCUGGAGUAUGUUUAAUGCUUUUAGCUACAUGUUGCGAGGAUGAGAUUGUUCCCCAUGUUUUGCCAUUCAUUAAAGAUAAUAUCAAGUCAGAUAAUUGGAGAUUUAGAGAUGCCUCUUUAAUGGCGUUUGGGUCAAUCCUUGGCGGACUAGAAAGUAAUACUCUAAAACCACUGGUUGAACAAGCUGUACCCACUCUAAUUGAGCUUAUGUAUGAUAGCAGCGUAAUGGUCCGCGAUACUGCAGCGUGGACAUUCGGUCGUAUAUGUGAAAUCAUACCCGAUGUGGCAAUAAACGAAACAUUCUUGAAACCACUCUUGGAAAGUUUAAUUACAGGACUGAAAGCUGAACCCCGAGUAGCUGCCAAUGUUUGCUGGGCUUUCUCAGGUCUGGCGGAGGCGGCGUAUGAAGCGGCAACCUGCGAUCUAGUUGGAGAAGAAACCACUCCCGAAACAUACUGUUUGUCACCAUUCUUCGAAUUUAUUGUUCAGAGAUUAUUAGAAGCUACUGAUAGGCCUGACGGAGCUCAAGCCAAUCUCCGACCUGCUGCAUACGAAGCUUUAAUGGAAAUGAUUAAAAAUUCGCCUAGGGAUUGCUAUGUAACUGUACAAAAAACUACUAUGGUUAUUUUGGAUAGACUGCAGCAGGUACUUCAGAUGGAAUCACAAAUCAGUAGUCACAGCGACCGUUCGCAGUUCAACGAUUUGCAAUCCUUGCUAUGUGGUACUUUGCAGUCAGUUUUGAGAAAGGUUACACCAGAGGACGCUCCUCAAAUUUCAGAUGCGGUCAUGACAGCUCUUUUGACCAUGUUCAAUUCUCAUAAAACUGGAGGUGUUCAAGAAGAUGCUAUUAUGGCUGUUUCUACUUUAACAGAGGUUUUAGGAGAUGGUUUCUUAAAAUACAUGGACGCUUUCAAGCCGAUUUUAUAUCUUGGCCUGAAAAAUCACCAAGAGUAUCAAGUUUGUGGCACUGCAGUGGGUCUUACUGGUGACAUCUUCAGGGCGUUAAAAAUUAAGGCCUUGCCUUAUUGCGAUGAGAUCAUGACACUUUUGUUAGAAAAUCUUGGGGAGCCUACCGUUCAUCGGAGUGUAAAGCCGCAGAUCCUCUCAGUUUUUGGUGAUAUUGCUCUGAGCAUAGGAACCGAAUUUAAAAAAUAUUUAGACAUAGUUUUAGCUACUCUAGCCCAAGCAUCCCAAGCGCAGGUUGAUCGUACCGACUACGAUAUGAUUGACUACCUAAAUGAAUUGAGAGAGGGCGUUCUAGAUGCUUACACUGGGCUCAUUCAAGGUUUAAAAGGCGACAGUAACACUCCUUCUGGCGACAUUUCCCUCUUAGAACCCCACAUACCGUUCAUUAUCCAGUUUAUCACAGUUGUUGCUCAAGAUUCUGAGCAUUCUGAUGGCACCAUGGCCGUAGCUGCAGGCAUUAUUGGUGAUUUAUGUGUAUGUUUUGGAGCACCCAUGCUCCCUCUGCUAGAUUUGGAACCGAUCAAUGAGAUGUUGUCUCAAGGUAGAAGAUCGAGGGUUCAACGCACAAAAGGCCUGUGUAAUUGGGCAACUAAAGAACUGAGGAAGUUGAAGAGUCAGCAGGGUGGCCAGACCACGGCUCCUGCGGCUAGUUGAUUUUGUAACAGCCCAGUUCCAAUAUUAUCUACCAUUGGCAGCGAUGAUCAUGGUAGAACUAAAGUCGAUGGACUAACAAUGGAUGCUGCAAAUUCCGGUAUUUUUUCGCUAAAAUCCAUACCGCGAGUGCCAGAAUCGUAUCGAAAAAUAAACGGUUUCUUUCUUUUAUAAUUUGCCAAUUUUUUGAUCGUGUACUAUUUCUAUUUAGAAGUUUUUCGUCUGCUUUAUUUGUCGUAGAGAAAUUCAUGUUUUAUGGGAUUUUUUUUCUAAAGUUUGUAAUUGUCGUUUUGAGUUGAACAAAAUAAUCGAGCUGGGCUUUUUCAAACUAUGUAAAAUAUCGUUUUAAAAUAAAAAACAAACAUUUAAUUAUAAAAAUUAUGUUUAUGUACUAAAAAAAUCCUUUUUCCAUUUUAAUUGUGUUGUUCAAAACAAAACGAUUAUUAUUUUUUUAUUUGUUAGCAAUAAAACUGGGUCCGAUUUUUUUUAAAUAUUGUUUUUUAACUUAUUGAAGUAAUAUUAUGUAUUUAAUUUGAAUUUUAUAGUUAUUUUAAUUGUAAUUAUUAAAGACCCGGUUUUAACAGGGCAACCAUCCAUAAAAAAUGGUACGAAUUUUAUUGUUGGUUGCUAUACAUAUUUUUUUCUCUUCUCGAAGAAAAUCCUCAAAAAAAUCUAUUCCAUUUUUCAUUGAGUAAAAGCUCAGGUACAUAUGUGGUGAGGAGAGGUUAAUUGCGCGUGAUGAAGGUGUGUAAAUAGGUAAGUCGACGGUAAGUUUUGGUGAACGUUCAUUUGAGUCAAGGCUGUGACUGGCGCCUUGCCUGAAUGGAUAAGUGGGGGAUGUUUGGAUGUCGGCGAUUUUUCCGAUGCGCGGAAAAUCAAGUUCGGUUCUCUGCGCAUCGGAACGUGGCCGACGCGGCGCGUGAUGUAUUUCAGUUGAAGUCGGCGCUUUUUAUACAAAGCGCCGGCUUGGGGCGGGAAAAUAACUUAAAAAAAUCAAGAAUCUGUGAUUUGGACGGGUUUCUGUAAAACGUUGCCAAAAUUAUAGUAAUACGAUAAUUCCAUUACCAUUUUUUACAAUAAUGUAAAUCGAUACAAAGAAACCCUUCCAAGAUAAAAGUAAUUAUAAUUGUAAGAAAUUGUAAUUACUGAUUCCUCGUAUGUAUGUGAUAUAUAAGGCUGCGGUGGUUACAGUUGAGAAAAUUGCCCAAAGAUAUCAAAGUGGUUUAUGAGAUGAUUUACUGAAAAUAUUGCGUAUUUAUUUUCUUUAUUAAAACCUAAAUCUUAUAGAAAGUUAUCUUAUUUUAUAUUAUUUAUUUUUGCAUUAAAAUAACAUCAGGUAUACUACACUAACCAGCACGAAAAACGGGCGCCUUAAAAUGUUGAUAUAUUUUCUUCUAGUGGACCGAUUUUGAUGAUUUUUAAGCAAUAUGCAGUUAAAUUAUUCGGUUUCUUAGUAUCUCUUUCUAAAUCAAAAAUGAAAUUUCCCAUCUGUCAAAUAUACGA